AUGGAAGAAAAGACGCAUGGGGUAUCGCCAGGUAACAACAGUCCUAUCCCUCUCUCAGGCUUGCCGUUUGCCCACUAUGAUGGGCUAAAGGAAAGCCUUUUGAGUGGUUUCCCUGUUGCUGAUGCGGCUGCUGAUAAAGCACAGCAGCAACAAGGCUUUCACAUGGCAGGUUUCCCCGCAGUUUCCCAGCCUGAGUCUCCCAGCAGCAGCCUCCCCGCUGCCCGAUCCACUGGAACUUUUGCAAUGUUUAAAAAGGCACUAGAAGAUUGCUAUAUUGACAUAACAUAUGGAUUUAUCAACAAUUGCCUGAAGUCUCUCCUUGUGGAGAAAUUUGGUGAAGAGACAUGGGAAAAACUCAGAACUCAAGCUGGGCUUCAAGACAAUUUUAUGACAUAUACUGUGUAUGACGACGGCAUCACAGAAAAGUUGGUCCAGGAGGCCUGCAAGACACUAAAGGUACCAGAAGAGGCAGUGCUGAAAUUGUUUGGGGAAUACUUUUUCAGUUUCUGUAAGAUGUCCGGGUACGAUAGAAUGCUACGAACUCUGGGAGGAAACCUGAUCGAGUUUAUCGAGAACCUCGAUGCCCUUCACAGCUAUCUUGCCCUGUCCUACCAGGAAAUGAACGCACCAUCAUUUCGUGUGGAAAGAGCAGACGGGAUGCUGCUGCUCCACUAUUACUCUGACAGGAAGGGCCUGUGUCAGAUUGUCCCAGGAAUCCUUGAAGCUGUGGCCAGAGAUUUCUUUGACAGUAAUGUGACACUGGAAAUCCUGAAUCAAAACAUAGAAGAGGAGCGUACUGGGAAGAAGGAGCAUGUAGUCUUCUCUUUGCAUAACGACGAGAGGGCAAAGAACAAGAUCGAGGAGAGAACAUCCAAAGACUCACAGAACGAUAAAGAGGUACAGAAAGUGACAUUGAAUGGAGCUUCUCAGAAAAGGAGGGACAAAUCAACGUUGUGCUGCCCAGAAAAGAAAUCCUACUGGGACAUUGUGAGAUGGGCUGUGAAAUUUCAGAGAGGGAACAUUUUAUAUACAUCUGAGCCACUUUUCCCUGAAAAGCUUUGGAUUGAGGAGAGAACAUUUUGCUAUACGUUCCCGUUCCACGUUGUGUUUGAUAAAACACUGAAGAUCAAACAGGCUGGAGUCAACAUUCAGAAAUUUGUACCUAGACUGCGGACCACCGGGACCAGAUUAGACAAGUAUUUUACUAUCGUUCAUCCACAAGUUACAUUCACAAUUUUCAGUAUAAGGAAGUUUAUCAAUAGUCAGUUUGUCCUUAAGGCCCGAAGGGAUAAGCUACCUAAAUCGUGGAAGAGACGGCCCCUGCUGAAACUCAGAGGGCAGAUGGUCUGGAUGGAGGGCCUCCAGUGCAUGCUGUACUUGUGCUCACCGAAGCUACGCAGUUUGGAGGAGCUGGAAGAACAACAGAUGCACCUUUCUGACAUUGCGCAGCAUGACACGACGAGGGACCUGAUCCUCUUCAACCAGCAACGGCUGGCAGAGAUAGAGCUGUCCAACCAAUUGGAAAGGAAGAAGGAAGAGCUCAGGAUCCUCUCCAAACACCUGGAUGCAGAAAAGAAGAAAUCGGAAGCCUUGCUCUAUGCCAUGCUGCCAAAACACGUGGCGAAUCAACUUAAGGAGGGCCACAAGGUGGAAGCAGGGGAUUUCAGUUCUUGCACAAUACUUUUCAGUGAUGUCGUGACCUUCACAAACAUCUGUUCAGUCUGUGAACCAAUUCAGAUAGUCAAUAUGCUUAAUUCAAUGUAUUCCAAGUUUGAUCGCCUUACCAGUGUCCACGGUGUGUAUAAAGUGGAGACAAUAGGUGACGCUUACAUGGUUGUAGGAGGGGUCCCAGUGCCUGCCGUGAGCCAUGCCGAGAGGGUGGCCAAUUUUGCUCUGGGCAUGAGAAUUGCUGCAAGAGACGUUAUCAACCCCAUUACGCAGAAGCCCAUCCAGAUCAGAAUUGGGAUUCACUCUGGACCGGUUUUGGCUGGGGUAGUUGGGGACAAAAUGCCUAGAUACUGUUUAUUUGGUGAUACUGUCAAUACAGCUUCUAGGAUGGAAAGUCAUGGCCUUCCAGACAAAAUUCAUGUUAGCCCAACUGCAUUCAGAGCAUUACAACACCAAGGGUUUGACAUAGUGGAAAGGGGAGAAAUAGAGGUGAAAGGCAAGGGGAAAAUGACAACAUAUUUUCUGAGGCAAAACCUCUGUGCCACUGAGAAUGAAAUAAUGGGGCGCGCGGAAGAGAAUCUUGGUAACAUUGAUGGUGAUGAUGCUUUGGAAAGUCAAGGUGGCAAUGAUGUUAUUGUGAUGAAGUAUGCUGAUUGUCAAGAGUUACUCCCUUUCAAGGAAGUAGAACACGGACGAGACAUCCAAGGUUUGGAUGUAGACAGUGAAAAAGCAGAUAUCCUCUUCACAAAGUCUUGUAAUAGUUGCUAG